UUCUCUGGCGGGCUGAUCACUGAACGCCAGAGAACAGACCAUGCUGCCGCUGCCUUUGUUUAAUUAUCUUUCAGUCUGUGUUUUUAAGCUCUUGGGUGGAUGUGAAACUAGCUAGGGAAUCGGUAAAAGGACUUGGGCUUGGGCGCGGGUGGCCUGCCGACCCUGCGGCACCCCGGCUUGGCCAGUUGCCCUCCGGCUUCCGCUUGUUUUCCGAAGUGGGAGACGCUGGGCUGAUGAUAACAGGUGGAUGAAACCGAGCAGUCAGCAAGUGGUCGCGGAGAGCGGGCUGGCUAGUGAGGAGCGUCGCCGCAGCAGGCGCACAGGCUUUCGGGCCUGUCGCAGACCGCCAUCCUGCGAAUGGAAAGGGAACAGACUUCCACGGCGGCCGAGAUGAAGGAGGGGUCGGAGUCUCCAGCUGGCGACAUGGAGGACAUCAGCGACACCGACAUUAAUAAGCAAGACAAUAACAUGCAGAAAGAACAGAAGAGAGAAGAGAAAUCUGAGAUUCUGAGUUCAGAAAAGAAGCAAACUUCAGUCCAUUUUACCCCCACGAUAAUGGAUUCAGACAGCUCGGUGACACUAUUGUCACGGUCACUUUCCCAAGAACUGCCUGUCAGCACCUGCCAUAUCACUAGUCACACCGAGUCACCCUUAGGACCACCGAUUUCUAAAUCUACCCUCCUGAGCUGCUCGCCGGAAGACCUCAGCCUGGAAAAGCCUUGUGUAGCCAUCACUCCUCCGAUGAAGGAACAGUGCCAGCUGAACUACGACUCCGACACAUUUGUUCUGGGAGAUGGCGAGGAUUACUUCCUUUCUUUGUUUCAAGAAUCAAAGACACUCACGCCGCGUCCGUCCCAGACCGACAAUGUGAACAAACACCUUUCUGUGAUCCUGGAAGAGGUCGGCCAGUUCACAUCCAGUUUUCUUGGAGACAUUAAAAUUGCUGAGGUGAACGUCAAGGGCCUGUUUGUGAGGCUCGUUAACACUUCCACUGACAAAGAAGUGGAGAUCGGCAACCACAUCCUGCAGCAGAACAUGAAAGGACAGGCGGUCUCAGCGUAUCGAUUCCUCCCCAACAUCGUAAUGCAGGCCAACUGCAUGGUGACGGUGUGGGCAGCGGAGUCGGAAGCAAAGCCCCAGCCACCCACCGACUUUGUCUGGGGGGAGCAGAGCAGGUUCCGAACCAGUCCGGACUGUACCACCAUCCUGUGCAACCCUCAGGGCGAGGCUAUUGCCUGGUACACGCCUAUCCAUUGGAAGCAAGCGUGGGAGAAGCUGGAGACGGAUAUUGAAUUUGAGAGAUGUUCAGCGGUGAUUCCAUCACUGAAAAGCCACAUGUUUGGGUGGACAACAGCAGCUACAUCUUCCAUCAGUAAGGAGAAACAAGAACCAACAAAGAAAGACCUCUCUCCAGGCCUAGAGCAGGUCCACAUCCUUUCCAGAGAACCGGAAAUCCCGCCAAUCAUUUUUCCCACCCGGAGCCCUUGGUGUAACAGUCCGUCCACCCCUCCACACCCCUACUGCUCUCUGAUCAACUCACAGGACACUUUGGUGAGCAGGCCGGGUACACAGCCCAAGCCUCAGUCAGCGAAGAAGGAAGCAGCCCUAGGGACCAGGAAAAAGAAAUCAAAGUCAGAAGGAAAGAGGAAAUGACUCAACUUGUGAAAGGAGCCGCGAAACCAACCUUUCGCAGCUGAGGGCUGCUUAACCGCAGCAGGUGCUGCUUGGAACAAAGCCCUUCUAAAGAGGACAGAGCCAACGGUCCUGCUAACCCUCCCCAGCACCAGCCGCACAACACACAUGCUGAAGAACCACCCAGGGAUUCCUCAACAGCACGUCCCAAGCGUGCCUCAGAGGAGCUGGAGGCAGGCGACGUUGUCCGCAGGUUCCAGUCCCAUCUAGCCCUUUCCCAGGCUUCCUCUUCUCACCGCAGCCCACCGCCACCAUCAAUUUCCUGUUGAUUCUUAUUCCCUUGUCCUGGGCAGAAUGCUUUCAUGAGCGCACAGCCACGCAUGGGGGCUACCUUGUAGUCUGAAGCCAGUUUUACAGAACUGCACCCCGCUUCCUUCCCUUUGUACAGGAGAUUCCAGAAGUGGAGAGAACGCUGCAAAGACUCGGUAGAUGAAAACAGGGAGGGUGCUCACCAGAGCACCUGUAAGCAGAGCUCAGUGGGUGGCAGCUGAAGCCAUCCCCAUCCCGGGCUGGCAUUUCCUGUAGGCUCCUCAUCAAGCGAUGGGCUAACAGCUGUGUGCUGAGGCAUCCCAGCCACCAUCAAUGCGUGCUGGCCUCACAAGACUGUGGCCUUCACCGUGUCACGGCACAGUAGCGAGCCGGCAUGGGGCCUCUGUGCCCAGCCUGCCCUUUCAACGUUAAUUGUUGUUAAAUAUACCCAGGGGCUGGGAAGAGAACUUGGUAGUUCACAAUACUUGCUUCUCUUUCAGAGGACCCGGGUUCGUCUCCUAGGACCCACAGCUCACAACCAUCCAGUUGCAGAGGAAGCAGCCAUUCAGUCUCUGAGGAUGGCACACUCGAAUGGUGCCCGUACAGACUGAUGGCUCACACACAUACACACACAGGAAAUUAAAUAAAUUUUAAUU